AUGGAUGGACAUUGGUUUUUGAAUUUCCCCACGAAUUCCAUGAUUUCAAAGCUACUAAGUUGCUCUCUUUUCCUUUUUUGCAUUCUUUGUAAGCUGGAUCAUGUUGAGUCCUGGACAUCAAGGAAUGAGACUGAAAUACAAGCAUUGCUGGCCAUCAAGGCUCGAAUACAAGUUGAUCCUUACGGGGUCUUCACCCCCUUGAAUGAUUCUCUACAUUUCUGCAACUGGCGAGGAGUGACAUGCGGUCGACGACAUCAAAGAGUGACUGCAUUGUAUUUAUCAUCACUCAAGUUGGGAGGUGACCUUUCUCCUCACAUAGCCAACCUCACCUUCCUUAGGGUGAUCGAUCUCGGGAACAACAGCUUUCAUGGAACAUCUCCUCUCCUUCAUCUUUCCCUGAAGCAGAACCACCUUGAAGGAAACAUUCCUAGUAAGCUUGGGCAGCUCUCAAACUUGAAAUUUCUGCAGUUGUCUUUAAACUUCUCUGGUACAGUUCCGAAACAACUAUAUAAUAUCUCGACCAUAUCUCUCUUUUCAUUAGCUGGUAACCAGUUGCAUGGCCAAAUCCCUCCUUAUAUAGGCUUGAUUCUUUCUAAUCUUGAGGGCAUUUAUCUUGGGGGAAACAAGUUUUCAGGGCCAAUUCCAACAUCAAUAGUCAAUUGCUCAAGGCUCAUACAACUUGAUAUGGGUUUGAAUUCUUUGUCCGGGACAAUACCAAAGAAUUUCGGAAGCCUGCAAAAUAUACAAAUCUUAAACCUUGGCCACAACUUCCUUGAGAGUUCCAAUGAUUUAAGUUUUUUCACCUCAUUGAUUAAUUGCACCAAUCUUAGUCGAUUAUGGUUAUCCAAAAACAGCCUCACAGGCGUUUUGCUUUAUUCAAUUGGGAACCUCUCCACAAAUCUCAUUCAAUUGAGGAUAAAUUCUAAUUAUAUAUCCGGUAUGGUACCGAAAGAGAUAGGAAACCUUGUAGGCUUGGAGUUCCUUGGAUUAUAUGAAAACAUGUUCACAGGCAUUAUCCCUGAUUCUAUUGGAAAAUUUUCCGAACUGAAAUAUUUCUAUGGUUACAGAAACGGUAUCAUAGGGGAAAUUUCUUAUUCUUUGGGAAAUCUAACCCAACUAAUUGUCCUCAGUCUAAUUGAUAACUUGUUUGGCGGAGAAAUAGCUGCAUCUUUGGGUAACUGCAUUCGCUUGGAAAGAUUGGAUCUUUCAAUGAAUCGUCUUAGUGGCACCAUUCCAAAGGAAGCAAUCGGAAUUAUUCCUUCUUCAUUCCGAAAACUAAGAAGAUUACAAGUUCUUGAUGUUUCCCACAAUAAUCUGUCAGGUCUAAUACCAGAAUUUCUAGCUGAACUUCCUCUUUCCAAUCUCAACUUUCUCAAUACUUCAAUGGCAAAGUGCCGACCAAAGGAGUGUUUGACAACAUCAGUGCAUUCUCGGUUGUUGGAAACGAAUCAUGCGGAGGGAUUAAGGCACUUCGAUUGCCUGAUUGCCCUAAAGAAAUUGUAA